CCAUUACAAAUUUUAUUUCAAGUCCCUGAAAAAAAGCAAAAACAUACAACUUUGGAAAAUUUAGCCAAACUACGUUUUUUUUAUAUAAAAGUUUUCGUUCCUUCCAAGCUCAGUAUCAGCCUUUGAAAAAUAUGAAAAAUAGAAUUCGAAAACAGGAUUCUAUGUUUCGGAUAGUCGAGUCUUGACUGUAGUAUAUAUAUAUUUAUUUUUUUUAAAGGUUUUCCUCAGAUUUUUGCAAAUGUUUGACAUGAGUUUCCACCCAGCUGAAUAACCCAAUUAAAUUGUCGAUACCUCAAGAAUGCUGUCUGCAUUUCCCUGUCAAAAAUUUUUUUUCUCGAUUGGAGAGAAAUUAUAACAAAAAAUAUUGUGGUCAGAAUAAUAAAAAUAUUAUUUUACUGUUUUACAAACAAGUUAACAAACAACCAUUAGGUAAGGAUAUUUUAGUACCAAAACUAGAAAAGCAGCUAAAGGGUCACAAAAAGUGUCGCCAUGAACUUUCAUCUCACCACAUUACAACCUAUUAUAGGAUGCGGUGUCGUAAUACGCAAUAUUGCAACGAUGACUAGCCACAGCCAUCAGAAGUCAUCGACUUCUCCCUCCAGUGUGUAGGAGCCAUGGAAAACAUGCAUUAACACCCCACAUUACAUGCUUUUCUUCAAAACUCCAACCAGCUCCCUUGCGGAAAAUGCUUGUCGAGCUGCCCAGCGGGACAUGGCUAGCUGGAACCUUGCCCAAUGUCCCAAACUCCCGCUGCGGCCAUCUCAACGAAACUCCAAGCUUAUUUAUUAACCCCGGCGGUCGGUGACCAUUCUCGCAGAUUGCCCUGUACCGUUGAACCGUUCGGAAGUGCGUGAAGUGGUCCGACGAUUUUGGCCAAAGUGGUGCUGUGAUUUAGUGAAGGAGAUUUAGGAAGGAAGUAGCAAUGCAUAAACUUGCCACCGGUCAGCUGCUGGCAACGGUCUGUUGCGUGGCGUUGCUGCCCCAGCUGCUGUACCGGUCGAUCGGGGCCAACGGCCAACACCAGCCGGGCGACGAAACCUGCGAAACGCUACCGUCGGAGAUUCAUCUGAUCAAAGAGGAAUACGACGAGCUGGGCCGCCUCUACCGGACCUGCAACGGGGACGUCACGGUCAACAAGUGCGAGGGCAAAUGCAACAGCCAGGUCCAGCCGUCGGUCAUCACGGCCACCGGCUUCCUCAAGGAGUGCUACUGCUGCCGGGAGUCGUUCCUGCGUGAGCGCCAGAUGCAGCUCACCCACUGUUACGACCCGGACGGUGUCCGCAUGACCGACCACGACUCGGCCACGAUGGAGAUUCGCCUCAAGGAACCGAUCGACUGCAAGUGCUACAAGUGCGGCGAUUUGGUGCGUUAAAUGUGGAAGAUUUGGAUGGAUUGGACCCCCCCGAAUAAAAAACAGGAUAUUAUGCGACUUGAGAUAAACUGGAUGACGACGAACGAGCGAGUUUAUGAUUAGUUUUAGAGUAAGUUUAGUACUGGCCCUUGUUCUCAAUUUGGUGAUUGUCCUCACCGCAAUGAUGCGAUGCCCCUCGUAGAAACUUAUAUGCAAUAUAUCCAGAGUAAUCUCAACUUGUGAAAUUUUGUUUGUACGUUUGUUUGUGUAGUAGACAGUAGGAAAAUAUUUGAAGUGUGAAUAUGUUUGUAGAAUAACAAUUAAUAAAAGUGCUGCGAUAUUACUGAUGA